AUGGAGCUGCGUCGGAAAAUCGCUCUGCAUAUUCUGCCCCUAUUUUUAGCCAUAUUUCUAUUCACCAUGGGCGAGGCAUAUCUGAAGAGUGUCCGCGUGGAUGAGAUUCCCUUUGCCGGAAGAAAGGCCCUGGCCAAUCGGCGGUCCAGCGGUAUUCAUCUCAUCUCCAGUCUGGAGCAUCAGCGCACUUUUCUUCAUCUCUUCCAUGUGCCCUACAUCAUAUGCUUUUAUGCCGCGAAGGGCAAAUGGCCAUAUGUGCCUGGAUUCAUGAAAUACCGGGUUGACAAUGCAGCUCGCAGUUUCUUCAAUCAGAACGACAGUUUCAUCAAACAGUUUUGCACCAAGUGGAUUCAGGUGAAGGAGUGCUUUCGUCCCUUAUUCGACAAAUCAAAUAACACAGAUGUUGAAGUGGAAACGCUCGAUGCAAAAAUUCAGGGACAGCGUUGUAAUUGUGACAAAUUGUUGCUCUCAACGGAGCCACCUGUACCGGUCGUCUACUUCGACAAGAACUACAUUGGAAACGUCAGUUCGGAAACGAUUUUGAAUACCAUUGAGUUUCUUGAGAGUUUCCUGCCACCGCCCACUAAAAAACACAAGCGCAAGAAUCGCGUUCGCGGGCGCGUAGAUGAUAUGGAUAUUGAAUAG